AUGCAGAAAUUUCGUCGUAAUAACCGUUAUGUCGUUGUUGUACCCAACUUCAUUAUAACCGAUAGGUAUGUACCAUUUGGUUUCAGAUUUCCAAAUCCUGAAGAAGGAAGGAGCUGUCUCGAUCUCUCGUUCAAAAAGGCAGAUAAAAUUGGAUCAAAAAUUAUAUUAGCCAAUGAUCCGGACGCAGACAGAUUAGCAGUAGCAGAGAAAAGCGAUAAAAAUGACACCUGGACAAUUUUCAAUGGAAACGAACUCGGAGCUCUUCUUGGUUGGUGGAUUUUGCAAUGCUACAGGCAAAGAUGUCCGAAGAGUGAUUUGAGUAACUGCUACAUGAUGUCGAGCACAGUGAGUUCGAAGAUCUUGAGAACAAUUUCCAAAAAGGAAGGUUUUAAUUUCGAAGAAACAUUAACUGGAUUUAAAUGGAUGGGAAACAGAACGUUCAAUUUAGAAAAAGAAAGCAAGGAAGUAAUCUUUGCAUUCGAAGAAGCCAUUGGUUUCAUGUGUGACCAUCACGUUUUGGAUAAAGAUGGAAUCAGUGCGGCUUUGGUAAUGGCAACACUGGUUUCUUACCUUUAUUCCAAUGGGAAAACUUUAGCUCGAAAAUUAGACGAAAUCUACGAUACCUACGGGUNAUAUAGUAUGUAUUAA